AUGGAACCAACACUGGACGCUUUCGAGCUGCCCAGUCCCGUCCUGGACCAGUCGGGUACAGUAGCAGCGUGUGACCGGCAUGCCUCCGCCCGUGAUUGA